GCAGAAAAUGGCCCCCCUGCGUGCGGUGUUGCCCGCACUUUGUCUGGCCACGAUCGCCCUUGCCGGUCCUCCUCUGCAAAAGCGCGCUUCCGGGGUAACUUCAGACCCGAGCGGCGCUGCCUGGCAGACGUUCGAUUACAUCGUGGUGGGUGCUGGUCUCGGCGGAACGACCGUCGCUGCAAGACUAGCGGAGAACCAGGAUAUCAGCGUACUGCUCAUCGAAGCAGGCGCAGAUGACAGAGGAGAUCCCAGAGUGUACGACAUUUACGCGUAUUCUCAGGCUUUCGACACCGAACUGGACUGGGCCUGGCCUGCGGAAGAUGGGAAGGUCAUCCGGGGCGGUAAGACCCUGGGCGGUAGCUCCUCCAUAAACGGGGGCCACUACACUCGCGGCAUGAGCGCCCAAUUCGACGCGCUAUCUUCCUUACUGGACCCGUCAGAAGCCGACGUGGGCUGGAACUGGGACAGCCUUUUCAGUUACAUGCAAAAGUCCGAAGGCUUCAGCGCGCCAAACGACCAGCAGCGAGCGAAAGGCGCGCAGUCAAACGAUGCGUACCACGGGACGCAGGGACCCGUGCAGGUCACCUACCCCGAUGAGAUGUACGGCGGACCGCAGCAGCCGGCUUUCAUCGCGUCCAUCGGGAACCUCACCGGGCUCGCCCAUUGCCCCGACAUCAACGGCGGAGACGGCAAUUGCGUCUCAAUCACCCCUUUUACGAUCAACUGGCACGACUCGGACCACCGCUCAUCUGCCCCACAGGCUUAUCUCACGCCGGUAGAGUACGACCGGACGAACUGGCUCACCCUCGUCAGCCACCAGGUGACCAAGAUCGACUUCUCCACAGGCAGCGCGCCGCUGCUCGCUUCGGGGGUAACCUUCAGCCCCACGGGUGACGCGGGCACGUCCUACUCCGCGUACGCGCGCCGGGAGGUUAUUGUCUCGGCUGGCGCCAUCCAGACCCCAGCGCUCCUCCAGCUCUCCGGGAUCGGCGACUCCGCGCUCCUCGCACCGCUGGGCAUCCAGACCCUCCUCGACCUGCCUACCGUCGGGAAGAACCUCCAGGAACAGACUUCGAGCGCGAUCGGGGCGAAUGGCAACGGCUUCGACGUCGGUGGACGCGGCCCCUCCGACGCGAUCGCGUACCCGAACAUAUACCAGCUCUUCGGCGACGGCGCCCAGGCGCGGGUGAGCGAGAUCCAGGGCUCGCUCGCGAGCUGGGCAAGCGCGCAGGCAGGCUCGGCGUUGUCGGCGGACGCGCUCGAGCAGGUGUACCGCGUCCAAGCGGACUUGAUUAUUAACCACAAUGCCCCUUUGGUUGAGUUGUUCUAUGAUACCGGUUACCCGGCGGCCCUGGGCUUUGACAUGUGGCAGUUAUUGCCGUUCAGCCGAGGCACGGUUAAAAUCACGAGCACCGACCCCUUCCAGAAGCCGCAAACAACCGUCAACUACUUCGGCAUCGACUUCGACCUGGCCGUGCAAGUCGCAGGCGCGAAGCUUUGCCGGAGGGUGUUACAGACCCCGCCGCUGAGCGAUCUGUCGACGGGCGAGGUCGCCCCGGGAUACGACGCGGUCCCGAACGACGCCAACGGCGGUACGGACGCGGACUGGACGAACUGGGUCCGGAGCACGUACGGCUCGGUCGACCACCCCAUCGGGACGUGCAGCAUGAUGCGCAGGGACCUCGGCGGUGUCGUCGAUUCCCAGCUGAAAGUGUACGGCACGUCGAACUUGCGCAUCGUCGACGCCUCCGUUUUGCCUAUUCAGCUCUCCGCGCAUCUGCAGGCAGGGCUGUACGGCAUCGCGGAAAAGGCAGCCGACCUCAUCAAAGCCGCCCAGUAGGUUUCCGUACGAUCUUGCUUUCUUGGAAGAUCAGUCGCUCUCUUGGAUAUCGGUACCAUACUUCUUGAUUAUAUCUUGGACAUACUCACGGACUAUAUACCCUUCGUUCUUUUGAACUAAUAUUGUAAAACUGAUUAGUUACUAACUGUACACGUUUGAAUAUUGCGACUGAUACGAGGAGGGUAUAUGAAAAGGACCGUGGUGUAGCGCGAGGACAGCUGAAGUAUGAUAGCAGAGACAGCGAAUAGAGCAGACGACAAAAACAUGGACUCAGACCCACAGCUGGUGGCACCCUCCGGACGGGCCACCUGUGACCUAAGAGCUCCUCCAGGUCACUUCCGUGACCCACCGACCACGGCGGUCACCACACACCAGCUCGACACCCAGGUCCCAAAGCG